GUGCUUGGUGUCAUGGAGGCUCAGUAAGACUGCAGCAGCCAUUGAUGAAAGCAGAGCUGUCGGGAAGAGCUGGGAAUUUUUUUUUUUAAUUUAUAUAUUUUUGCCCCCCUCCUCUUAAUUGUAUAAACUGCGAGUUAUAUAUUUGAAUUUUAGACAUGGAUAUGAAAAAGAGGAUCAGCUUGGAGCUGCGGAACCGGACCCCGCUGGAGGUGACAGAGUUAGUGGUGGAUAACUGCCGCUCCAGUGAUGGGGAGGUGGAGGGAUUGACGGAUGACUUCAAAGCACUCGAGUUCCUCAGCAUGGUUAAUGUAGGGCUCUCGUCUCUGGCUAAACUCCCUACCUUGAGUAAACUCCGCAAGUUGGAACUCAGCGACAAUAGCAUUUCCGGCGGGUUGGAGGCUCUCUCGGAGAAGUGUCCCAACCUGACAUACCUGAACCUGAGCGGCAACAAGAUCCAGGACCUGAGCACCGUGGAGGCGCUGCACAGUCUAAAGAACCUUAAGAGUCUGGACCUGUUCAACUGUGACAUCACCAGCCUGGACGAGUACCGGGAGAGCGUCUUUGAAUUGCUGCCCCAGAUCAGCUACCUGGACGGGUUUGACCAGGAGGACAGCGAGGCCCCGGACUCCGAGGAGGGGGGCGAGGCAGAGGAUCACGAGGAGGAGGAGGGUGCGGCCGCCGGCCCCACGGGAGUCUUCGAUGAUGAUGAUGAUGAUGAUGAUGACGAGGAGGAGGAGGAUGACGAGGAGGACGAAGACGGAGGGGUGGAAGAGGUUGGCCUUUCCUACCUCAUGAAGGAGGAGAUUCAGGAUGAAGAAGAUGAUGAUGACUAUGUGGAGGAGGAAGAGGAGGAGGAGGAAGUAGAUGACGAUGACGAGGAGGGGGUCCAAGGAGAGAAGCGGAAACGAGACCCUGAGGACGAAGGAGACGAUGACGACGAGGAUGACUAGCCCCUUUCCGGCUGCCACAAAAUCAUGUGACGAUAUUGCAGAGAAUUCCUUUGUAGAGCAUAGCUAGCACUCUAGGUGUGUGUAUUAUUUUUCAUAUGUAUAUAAAAAGAAAGGUUUUGGUUUUAAUGAAGAUUCAUUUGUAAUCAUUCCAAGUUGUUUGUGCUUCCCAGCAAGUCCCAUACAUUUGGGACUGGAGAAAGGGGGUUACAGUUUUGCAAGCCCUGGUCAUCUCAACCAGUUAUGUGGUUCUUGAGCUGAGGGAACACUAAACCACUUUGUGGCUUGGAACAUGGUUUCAGGAGACUAGGUUUCAGACCGCUGUAUGGCACACCAGGGGAGACUUUGGGGUUUGAUACAGCAGCCUUAAACUAGGUCUCCUGGAACCAGCUUUCAAGCUGUUCCUGAAAAAGUGGCUCUGUUCCCCUGGCUUUCUAUUCUGCAGUGUGGGUAUUGGACAGCAGGUGGCAGUCUACCAGUUUCUUUCCCUUGACAAAUAUACAUCCACUUGUUUCACUGACUAGUCCAAAUUUAAUUUAUUCAACCCAAAACAAUUUGCGUUUGGGUCUCCAAAUGAUAAUGUUCCAGACUGGUUGACUUGCAUAGAAUAAAAUAAAGGAAAUCCUGCAACUUGCAUAUCAAAUUUAAAACAAUGGUUUGAAAAAACAAAAACAGUAGUCCCUGAACACUUUUUUUUUUUUUUUUUUUUUUUU